AGCAGCUGCAUUUCCGGCAGAUGCUCCCCGGUUACCUAGCAACAGCUUUCCACAAGCUAGUUCGCCGUUGUACUGUUUAUAUAUAUUGGUGGGUGCAGUAACUGAGAGCCAUGAGCAGAGCUGGGGACUUGUGUUUGAGUUCUGCGGGGGCCUGGGUGAAGCUGGCAACCUCCAGCGACGAGAGACACCCAGCAGAGCAUAUUGUGGAUGGGUGAGGAUAAUAGGGCUGGGACAAAGCUCCUAAUAAAUGACAUAAAUCACCUUUGUUAUUGUUUUCUGUGUAUUGCUAUUCAAUAAAAUGGGAGUUUUUUAGGUCAAAAUACCAGAACAGUAAACCCAAGAUGGGUUUUUAUUUACUAAACUGUAACGAAUUGCUAAAUUAAGGCUAAAUGUAUUGAUCUGGAAAAUAAUAUCAAAUUCUGCUAAAUUCACAGCUGGGAUAUUGUUAUCCGAGUUCUGCCAUUGCGAUUUUAAUUCAAUUACAAUUUGGAGUUUAGUGGGGGGGUGAAAACCCCCCAGAAAUUUCACGUUUUAGGGUAAAACAAACAAAUGUGUAAAUUCCAUCGCUGGAGGUUGUGAGGUUUGUUUGUUUUACCAUAAAAAUUUGGAAUUUCAUGUCCGCAUCAUAUACUACCAUUAUCAGGAUUAAUUAGUAAAGUUAGCAUUCCCAGCGAAUUUCAAAUGUUAGGGCAGAGUAACUCAUCUGAAACAAUAGGCGACUUAGAGAUUUUUACCAGUUCAGCUAUUUUGACCUUAAAUUUGAAAUUCACUUAGAAUUCUUACUUUAGCAAAUAACACUGGAACUCCGAAUUGUAGCAAAUUAAAAUCCAAAUGGUAAUUUGUAGCCAUAAUUAGCCGAUAUAGCAAAUCUUUCAAUUCUACUAUAGUGACAGCUAGGCUGUUUUUGCUUGAAUUGUGCUAUUUGGAUUUUAAUUCGAUUCAGGUUGGAGUUUAGUGAAUAAACCGUCCUAGAAUUCAUUGUGAAUUCCCCAAUUCACACUGCUGAAUAGUCUAGUGAGCGCUUGCAAUCACUAGUGAAGAUACUGGGAGGGUAGAACAUAGAACAUGUCUCGCUUUAACUGCCAUUACUAAAAUUAAUGCCAGUCUAAAUAACAGGCGUGUUUUAUACUCGGGUGAAACCCCUGCAUUCAAGCAGGAAGUUUAAAGCGGAACUGUGGUAAUGCAGGAUUUUUAAUAUAUUUUGUUAAAUAGACCUUUAUCUUGCAACAAAAUUUUAUUUAACUUAAUCUUAGAUUCCUGUCAAUCAUUGUUACAAAUUCUGUCAAACAACAAGGUUUUUAUUUUCCUUUCUCUUUGCAGUGUUUUCCCUGACUUUUUUCCUGGACUCAAUUGGAUUGUAGUUUAUCAACAGCUGGAUUUUCAUAUUCUUCUUUUGUGUGUUCUUUUUUUUUUUAGGAAUCCAGAAACAUUCUGGAUGACAACAGGGAUGUUUCCACAGGAGUUCAUCAUCAGCCUCAAUUCUGUUUCAAAAAUCAACAAGAUUUCUAUACAGAGUUCAUCAAGUAAAAAUGCUGUUUUUUUUAUUUAUUUAUUUAUUUAUUUAUUUUGCAACUUCAUAUUGACACAAAAAAAUGUGUCCCAUCACUGCAACAUUUAUUAUCUUAGUUUGGGUCUUAAGCAGAAUUUGUGGAGCCAAAUACAGAUUUACCCAGGACAUACUUAAAAACGAGAGAAACCUCAAUGUAUGCUUCCUGGUAAAAUAUUUUAUAAAUAAAUAAGUGUAAUGGGUUACUCCAAGCAUCAUAACCACUACAGCCUGCUACAAUGGUAAUGAUGCCAGGAGACCCCUGGUGCUUUUCACUGGUAAUGAGGGAAACAGUUUUGCAAUGGCUUGCCCUCUUACCUGGGUCCCACCAAACUCCAAUGCUGCUCUCCUCCUGGGUGCGUUCGGCUUUUGCAGAGCUGCAGAAACCAGAUGCAGAUCCGUCGUCCAUUCAUUGGGUGAGAGUGUCAGCUGACCAUGCCCAACCAAUGAGUGUCAUUCUGCAUAGAUCUAUGCACAUAAUUGACAUAAGCGAGCCAAGAAUUCUUCUUACAUAUCUGACUGCAGAAUGGUUAAACUCUGUUUGUGCAGAUAGAAAUACACAAGAUGGAAAGAAGAGCAGCUUAGAAAAGUAAAUAUUAAAACGUAAACUUUAUUAAAAUUUGUAUGAUUAUAAAAUUAGGGACUGUUAAAAAGGUACCAAUGUAAUAAAUAACAUCCUAAUCGAAUGGAAGUAAAUCUAUUAUGUCAUAAAUGUAUAUUGUCUGGUGUAAUGCUUAUGGCAGUAGCAGAGAAAUCACGACUUGCAGUUUCUACAGAAAACAAAUAGGUAUCCAUGUAAGGACACACAAUGUGAAGUGAGUAUCAAUUUGUAUUAAAGGGACACUAUAUUCACCUGAACAACUUUUAGCUUAAUGAAGCAGUUUUGGUGUAUAGAACAUGCCCGUGCAGCCUCACUGCUCAAUCCUCUGCCAUUUAGGAGUUAAAUCCCUUUUUUUUAACAACCCUAGUCACACCUCCCUGCAUGUGACUUGCACAGCCUUCCAUAAACACUUCCUGUAUUUAGGCUUUCCUUAUUGCAAGUUCUGAUUAACUAAGAUUUUCUUAUCCCCUGCUAUGUUAAUAGUUUGCUAGACCCUGCAAGAGCCUCCUGUAUGUGAUUAAAGUUCAAUUUACAGAAACAAAGUGAUUUAACUCGUAAAUGACAGUGAAUUGAGCAGUGAAAUUGCAGGGGAAUAAUCUAUACACUAACACUGCUUUAUUUAGCUAAAGUAAUUUAGGUGACUAUAGUGUUCCUUUAAAACCAGACAUAGAGGUAGAAAAUAACAACAGCAGGGAGAAACAAAGGAGUAAUAUAACAUUUCAUAAUCUGUCCAUGCCUUCAAAGGCACCUAUACUAGACUAGACAUCCCAUUCAUGCUGCAAUAUGCUGGAUAACAUAUCCAUUGCUAUGCUACAGAAAGGAAGAAAGGACAGGUAUAGCUAUAAAAAUAAACAUUCAGCCAGGUUCCACAGUACUGCAAUCACUCCAUGUGCUAUUAAAUGAUUGAAGAGGUCACGAUGCUCUGGGUAACCCUUUAUUAUGCUAUCUUACUCAUACACACACAUACAGCCUUUUGUACCUUUCAGUCUCCCUACUAAUUUAUAACUUCUUUCGCUUGUCUUGUUAUUGCACACUUUUUUUUUCUUUUAAAAAAUACUUUAUUUAGAUGCGGUUUAGAACAUCAUGGGAAUGAUAUAAAAAUUUCAGAAGAUGACAUCCAGUUUUUCAUUAUUGAGACAAUUGUGAAAUAAAACAAAAUCACACCCAAAACAAAGAGAAAAGGAAAAAAAAGAAACCUAAGGAAGACUCUUCCUCUUCUACUAAGUGCCACUUUUAACCAUUCACAACCCAAAACAUCUUACCUUACUAGUGCCCACUAGAAUACACAUAUACCACUGCAAGGAGAUCACACUGAUAAGAUGGUACUGUCGACAUAAAGUAGAUUUCGCUGAGAUUAUGUAUCACUAAGAGGACACUGCUUUCAAAAGGAAGUGCUGGAAUUUAUUUUUUAUUUUUAUACCUUCCUAUAUGUAUCACUAGGGACCAAGUUUUACCAACAUUUAUCUUGCUGCGACUGUGGUUUUACUUAUCAGCUUUUCUAGGGUAGCAAAGGUUUGCAGAGGCAUAUACAAAAGGAAUGUCCAUGGAAAGGGUAUACUGGUUUCUGGAUUACUGUAGCUGACAAGUACAUAACAUUUGCCUUAAUAGAUCUAUCCAAUGCAGCUUCAUCAGAUGUGAUAGAAAGAUCCUACGUAAGGCCUCAAUUUAAUCUUUUUGAAAAAGCUUUUUCAAAUGUUUUCAUAUUUUUGGAUAAACAUUUGUGUUUUUUAAAAAAAAUAAAUCCAUUGAAAAGCUUAUCCAUAAAUAUUAAAAAUCGAGCCCUGUGUUAGGGAUAUACAUUUUGAUCUCAAGAAACACAUAUAACACACACACAUACAGAUAAUGUAAAGAGUUGACAAAAGAUCAUUCUUAUAAUUUCUCUGUAAGUACAAGGACAUCUACAGGCAUUAAAAUAACUGCUCUAUCCACAUUUAAUUUUCUAAUUUUGUGUUAAGACACUUUUCCUGUUUCUACUCUAGCUACCUUGUCUUUUUCUCCACAUUCAAUUUCCCCCUUUCUUAUUCCCUCUCUUUGCUGCACUCUACUUUUCCUUCUUUGAUUUUCACUCUUUCUCCACCAUUGUGCUUCUCUGUUCCAGUUGUCCAUGUUUUUCUUUCUCUAGUACUUUUUUGCCCUGCGCUUCCAUUCCCUUUGUGUCAUCACAUAUUUAAUGACUGAUUGAUGCAAAGUUGCAUCUGUGCAUGCCCCCACAGCAUUUUAGUUUAAAGUAAUCAUUCCUGCAGUUUAUGUUCUCACCAGGUGAGUGUAUUACAUGCUCUUUUCCUGGAGCAUAUAGGUACAUAUGGGUCCGGCAUAUUGCGUCUUGCUGCUGCACUCAGAUAGUUAACAACGUGUCAUCCGCACUCCUCAAGCAAUACCGUUUUGAUGGUGGUCCAGAUCAGAUCUUAAUAAAGUGUGCACAUAGCUGUGAUCUCGUCUACCACAGCUUGCACUGCAAUCUAUUUAUUUCUUCACAGCUUCUGACCUUUGACUAUAAGACAAGAGCACGGUUUUAUUCUUUGCAAUUAUAAGAGAUGUUUUUGCUUUUUUUUCCAGUACAAAGAUUACAAAUUGAAACAAGUAUGUCUAAAGACCCGAUAAAUUUUGAACGUUGUGUGGAAAAAGGUGAGUGUCUUUUAUACAAAGAUGCUAAUACAAAUGGUUUGAUUCUCUAAAUCUCUGAUUUGGAAGCACAGUUUUGAGAAAUAUCCAGAGAAACAAUGAGAAGUUUUCCUUUUCCAAAUUUAAAGGGGCCAUCUAGCUGUAGACAACUAAUGCAUUCUGUUUAGUGCAUUACAUGGAUAAUCCAUUAAACAUAUACACUUAAAAAUAAGGAAGAUAAUUUUAAACACUCUUACAAAAUCAUAUACUUUUUUCAGUCAUAAUUUUUCACAUAAUGCCAUUACAGGUUAUUUUAUGUACCGUAUUUCUUUAUCUCAUUAUUUUGAGUGUUUUAAUUAUUCAGGUAUUACAAAAAUGUAAUCAAAACACUACCCAUCUAUGUAUCUGUCUAUAUUCAUGUCUUAACACAAUCCUGUUACAUUUUCAUACUUAUACAUCGUCAAUUGUUUUUAGAUUUGUGAAUAUUACAUUGUUGGCAGUGGCUAUGUAAUAGACUUCUGUAUUUUUGGGAUAGGAAGGAUCCAGAGCAAACUGUAGGUAAAUAACCAGGUAAUAGUUGUCCAGUAAUGUUGUGAGUACUGACUUUUCAAUACACUAUCACUAUCACUGAUCAGCCACAGCCGUAAAACCAUUGACAAGUGAAGUAAAUAAUGUAGAUUUUUUUGUUACGACACCUGUCAAAUGGUUGGAUAUAUGAGGCAGCAUUUAAACAGUCAGUUCUUGAAUUUCAUGUGUUGGAUGCAGGAAAAAGAUAUGAGUGACUACAAUGACCAAAUAGUGAUGGCUAGAAGACUUGGUCAGAGCAUCUCCAAACCAACAAAUCUUGUAGGGUGCUCUCAGUAUUCAGUGGUUAGUAUCUAUUAAAAUGGUGCAAGGAAGGAGAACUGGCAUCAAGGUCAUGGAGGGCUCAUUUAUGCAUUUGGCUCAAAUUGCUGAAAAACAUAAUGCUGUUCAUGAUAGAAAGGUAUUAGAACACAAAGUGAAUAGCCGAAGACCGGUUAGAGUACCAAUAAUGACCCCUGUCCACCAUCAGAAUAACCUUCAAUAGGGACGUGAACGUGAGUACUGGACCAUGGAGCAAUGUAAGAUGGUUGUCCGGUCUGAUGAAUCACGUUUUCUUUUAAGUCAGGUGGAUGGUCUGGUGCGUGUGCAUCAUUUACCUGAGGAAGGGAUGGCAACAGGAUGCACUAUGGGAAGAAGGCAGGCCGGUGGACAUGUUAUGCUCUGGGCAAUGUUGUGCUGGUAAACAUUGGGUCCUGGCAUUCAUGUGAAUGUUACACUGACACGUACCACCUACCUAGAGAUUGUUUCAGACCAGAAACACCCCUUCAUGGCAAUGGUGUUCCCUGAUAGCAGUGGCCUCUUUCAGCAGGAUAGUGCACCCUGCCAUACUGCAAAGAUUGUUCAGGAAUGGUUUGAGGGACAUGAUAAACAGUUCAAGAUGUUGCCUUGGCCUCCAAAUUCCCCAGAUCUAAACCCGAUUGACCUUCUCUGUGAUAUGCUGGAACUAGAAAUCAGAUCCACGGAGGCCCCACCUAACAACUUGCAGGUCUUAAAAGAUCUGUUGCUAAUGUCUUGGUGCCAGGCCUGUUCAGAGGUCUUGUGCAGUCCAUGCCUUGAUGCAUCAGAGCUGUUUGGCUGCAAGAGGACCCACACUAUAUUAGGCAGGUGGUUAUAAUUUUCUGGCUGAUCACUUCUAUAACAUAAACACAAAACAAAUUACAUGCUCAUAUAUACACUGUGGUUCCAAUACCUUAUUUAUAGUGUUUCGGCUACUAGUUCUUGCUCAAAUUUGUAACACUUCAUAUUGUACUAUGUGUGCUUGUCAAAACUAGUCGUUCAUACAAGUUAUAUUUCCUUAUGACUUCCUUCAGUUUACUACUUGUCUUGUGUAUCAACAAACAAUAUUUUCCACAUUCCACCUUGCUGUAGAAUGAGUGAAUGAUGCUCUGGUUUGCAUUUAAUAUAUUUGGAUACAGUACUAUGGAUAUUUUAUUUUCUUUUUAGAACUUGAGCAUGUAGAAGGACAGCGUCAGACAGAGGAGAUUACAGUAAGUGCCUGGCUGGAUACUCUGUGACCAUAUCAUGGAUAGUCAACCAGAUGUCGUGUACUUCAGUUUCUAGCAUGCUUUACCUAAAAAAAAAAAAAAAUAGUUGACUGAGCAUAACAGGUGCUCUUGUCCAUGACAUCUGUGGGGCAAGCAUUUUGCUAUCCCUAUUAUGGUAAUCAAAUUAAAUAUACAGAUAAAGUCUAUCCUGGCCUCCUCCAUCUAUUUUGAAGACUUACUUUCUAUAAUAACUCUGCACAUCAACAGUUUAUUCCAGGGACUCUUUGAGAAAGUCCAAUCAUUGAUACUAAAUCUCUCAAUACCAGAAAUAGUCAGCCGUAAUUUGCCUUGUAUAGCUCCGAAACCGCUAGAUGUUGCAUACAUUCUUAGGGAAUCAAGUUGUGAGGGUGUGCCUCUUGAAAGGAAUAUUUCCUGCAUUUCCAUGUGUUGGAGUAUUUGAAGGAUAGAGUAUGUCUUAAUUGAUUACAUUUUGUGGGUUUAAUGUUAAAUGGGAGCUGUCAGUUCCCUGGAUUUUUAUUAGUAUGUUUAUUUAUCCUUAUAUUUAACAAAUGUGUAUUUAUUAGGUGUGGAGAUUAAAUGCAGACAUCCACAAUUUUUAUCCUGAAACUGAGCACCUCCAUCUUAGUUCUGUCAAUCAUUUUGAUAAUCGUUGUGCUUUGCACCUGCCAGUCAACAGAAAACAUACAGAGAAAAUGAGAAAUUAAAUGUUUUUUUAUUUCUUCUGUUGUUUUGAAUAGUUUUCCCCUGACUUUGCCUUGUCUGAAUCAUAUUAUGAUAUAAUUUGCUAAAUCUUAAAUACACGUUUAAAGGGAAAAAAAGCAUUUAGUGAACGAAGGUUAACACCAGGUAUAAAUUACUUUCAAUGUUUUAUUUAAUGGUGUACAUUUUAGAAAAGGUUACAGUUCUCCUGAUACCAUAAGAGAUUGCAUCUGAAUGUUUACAUGGUGUGUUCAAUAAAAACAUGGCAACAUUUCAUUCUUUGUGUGUUAUUAGUUUAAGCAGACUGUGAUUGUCUAUUGUUGUGACUUAGAUGAUGAUCAGAUCACAUUUUAUGGCCAAUUUGUGCAGAAAUCCAUAUCAUUCCAAAGGGUUCACAUACUUUUUCUUGCAACUGUACACGAAUGUUUGAGUACAUUUUUACUGUACUUUGUUAUAUUUUAGUGUGCAUUGUUCUUAAUCUGGUGACCUAAUUCUGGUUUUCCCCCUUUAGCUCUCUGGAAUUCAAGCUACUUAUUUGCGCUUUGUGAUCUUGUCCGGAUAUGACCCUUUUGUGGCCAUCUACAGUGUUUCAGCUGAAUCAUAACAUAAUCUACAAAGUGUUCAAAAGACUACUCUGUGAAAUAGGUCACACCGUGAAGCCUGUCAGCCUCAGUCUUUUAGGGAGAGUAGUGCAAAAAAUGACAACCAGAAUGUUUGUUUUUUGACAGGACUGCAAACUGUGGUUACAUUAUUUUUCAUUUUCAUAAGUGUAUGUAAUAUUUGUAAAUAAAUGAUUUCUUAUUCAUGCUUAUAUGUUGUAUUAUAUCGAUAGCUUGUAUUAAGACCCUAUAAUAAACUGGAUCUUUAAUGACCUUAAACUUGGUAUAAUUGUUUUUGGCACAGAAACAAAUUAUCUUUGUUGAAUAAAUAGUCUUUUAAUUCUGAGGAGUGUCCUAGUAAUUUUCUUUUAGAUCUACAGAUGUUCAUAUUUAUGUACACCAGGGGUAGUCAACUUUUUAAUACCUACCGCCCACUAGUGCCGCAGUAACUAAU